AGUUGCUGAAAGGGGGGGGUUAUACUUGGCCACAAAGGCGCAGUAGUGGUGAAUCUUCUUAGGCAGCGUCACAGUUACAUACAAGGGUUGAGAGAGAAAGGGGGAAAAGGGUUGCGAUAAGACCAACCGACUUAAUUUUUAGUAAGGGCGCCAGGUCACGCCGGAGAAUGAAUGGAAAGCGACACAUCAGUGCGCGUAAGCAAAUCAAACCCUGGAGAGACCGUCGGCCGGGCUAACGCAGUACAAGUAAAACAAAACAUUUUGAAAAAUGCAUGUAUUGUAGCAAUAUUUUAGAAGGCAAAGUACAGAUACCAACGUGGGGCAUGAACCCACAUGAAAAACCAACUUGACUAGAUUGUAAUACAACAAAGGCAAACGGGAAGCCGAGCCGCGGAGCGAUUUAAUUGAACUAGCAUUACAGCAAACCUUUAGAAUUCAGAAUCACAAGAAAAACACUAUCAAAUUGCGAUAAAAUGAAACAAGUCUAAUAGGCUGCGAGAAAGAACAAAUUUACAAAAUAAUCACGUGUAAAGAACCGCGACCCGGCCGACUAAUUGAAAAUACUGACUUUACGUUGAUUAAAUUUUACAGAGUACGGGACGCAAAAUCGACAAAAAACUGAGCGACAGAAUAAUAGCGUAACUCGCGUACUAAAAAUUACAACGACAGUAGAACGCACAAAAACAAGGCGUGACAAUCAAUAGGCCUAAUUACAAACGAUACGCGUCGUCGAGCAAUCAAAAGUACAGAGUACUAGCAAGAAUUGUACAAUAUAGACGUAACAGCCGCGGACGGCGUAGCACGUAAACAAACGCAGACGACACGCUCGAAUCACAGUCGCGAAAACUAGCAAGAGGCGUUGGUACAAUACAUACAAUCGAAACAAAACAAAACCCUUGGCCAAGGAAAUAAGAAAAUAUAAGAGUGCACUCACCAAAACAGCGGACUUCAUGAAGAUUACCAGUGUCGCGGGGCGUCCCCCGGACACAUGCACACACACACUACAUUAUUUACAAGGUAACCGUCAGGCACUGGUUACAGAAAUAAAGGUCAAACGCCGAAGCGAGACCACACAAAACACUAGUCACAUGGUGACGUCACUUGGCUUCACAGCCUCAACACUUCAACACUUUCACAGGCACAACAUCGGACGACGGCGAGGCGUGGGCGGCGCGACGGACACCGGGAGACGUCCACAGUGUACGCGCAGAGCGGCGUCGACGGCGAGGGGCACCGCGACAGCGAGGCGCUUGGCGACGGCCAUCGUGGUGUAGUCAAACAAGCAGCGGCGGUGGCAGGGGCAUUCCAGGGCAGUUAGCCAGACAUGGCGAAAGGGCAAAGCCCGUGCACUUGGAGCCCUUGCGGGCUUCUUGGCGAUGGUCGUCGACGGCGAGGUGCUCAUGGCGACACGGGGUUUGACGGCCACGUGGAGCGAACCGGGGUCUCGUUGACGGCGCGACGCUCGGCUCGUGUGUACACUUGUCUGCGCGACGGUUCCCAGCUCAACCCGUGGUAACGGGAUAGGCGGUUUCCGGUUGGCUACAGAGGGCGCCAGUUCAAAUCGUCGAACUAUUCUACAAGAUGACAACUGUACGGCACUGAAGUAAAUGACAGCUUUGAUACGGUUUGCACCAGUAUUUCGACGAUAAAUAAAGACUUUUAGUAUGGAAAAAGAAUUUCUAUCAUUGACAUAAACUCUCUGACCCGAAAACACACCUCUCAAACAAAAAAUAUUAUUGGGUUUUUAUCACGUAGUUUGGUAUUGAAGGGGGCGCUCCCGCGGCAAAAUUCGUCUGGCAGACGACGAGCAGAAGUCAUUGUUUACAUCCAACUCACGUGUUUGUGACGUGCGCUUUAAAUUAGUGUUUAAUUGAUUUUGUACUUUGAAUCUUUUUUGAUUUAAAGUGUUUCACGAUGGCACCACUCAGGUGUUGUGCCAAAGACUGUGGCACCGUGUCUGACACGUCAGAUCCAAAUAACAUCAGAAUGUUCAAAUUCCCUGUGGACAUUGACAGGUGAUGGGUUAAGGAAACACUUUUUAAAAACUAUUUUAAAUUGAAGAAUGUUGGGAUAUUUCAAAUGAGAAAAGCUUGAAUUAAACCUAAACACUUAACAUAAUCUGUUUAAAAAUGAUUGUUUACAAAACUUAAAUUUUAUUGGAGAAACGAAUUCAAAUUUAAGUGUGCGAACUGACAAGUUACAAAACUUUCAGGUGCAAGGAGUGGGUUAAAAAUUCUGGAAAUGCAGAACUGCUCAAAAUACCAACUUCCAGACUUUCUGAGUGCAGACGCCUCUGUGCUCUCCACUUUGAAGACAAGCACUACUUCAACAAGUUUAAAAACACUCUGCACAGGCAUGCUGUCCCAACAAUUUUUGAUAGGGAACCUUUGUGUGAAGAUGAGAUGCAGGAUUACCCAGUGACAGAACAAGGAAACGAGACAAAGAGGGUUUUCAAAAGGUCUUCAGAUCAUCUGCCCAAUGAAGGUAACCAAUGUAACAAGGUCUUGGUUGUAGUGAGGGAACCAUCCCCCGCUCCACUCACUGCAGAAAAAACACCCCCACACAGUUUUCCCUCUUUGGUUCACCCAACAUGCACCCCUCCAAUGGAAGAGCCAAGGGUGGAGCCACAACAGAUACCCACACCGGAACUGAAAACACCACCUAAGAGUAAGAAUAUGGAAUAUACAGUCUACGGAUUAUUUUAUAAUAAUAAAUUGGACAUUAAUUAAUGGAGCCAUAAUCCUUUGAUUUUACAG